AUGCUCUCUUCUCGCGGCGCUCGCAGCGCAGCUCAACUUGACCUUGCGUGGCGGUAUGCGCCAACUCAUACUUAUGAUGCUGCGUCUAACCCCGCGGGACUUAUAUCGUUUGGGAUGGCCGAGCAUCUACCCCUCCGUGCCGACAUGGUAAACUUCAUCAACAACAAGGUCGUCUUCACAGAAGACUCCAUCGGCUACCGCUCCAACUCUACAUGGGCUAGCCGUCUCCCAAGGGCACUCGCAGCGCACCUGAACCGCAUCCUCGCCCCCAAGGCACAUAUUGAGCCCGAAGACGUCAUCGUCGCCUGCAGCGCCACAGCCCUGAGUGGAGUCCUCGGAUUCGCGCUGGCCGAGCCCUCGGACGGGAUCCUGGUGAGCAGGCCGGUCUACGGCCGGUUCGAGCUCGACUACGGCAUCGAGGCAGGCGUGCAGAUCGUGUAUGCAGACUCGGGCCCCGAAGAGGCGUUUACGCCUGCUGUCGUGGACCGGUACGAGGCCGCUCUUCAUGAAGCGCAGCAGCGAGGCGUGACUGUCCGGGCGAUCGUGCUUGUCAAUCCGCACAAUCCUGUCGGGCGGUGCUACCCGGCUGAGACGCUGGAAGCUGUGCUGCGGUUCUGCAGUAAACACCGGCUCCAUGUCAUUGCCGAUGAGAUCUAUGCGUCUUGUGUCUUUCCGACGGAGGACCCUGCCGCCGUGCCGUUUACGUCGGUGCUGGCGCUGGAUAUCCCGGCGCUGAUUGACCCUGACUUGGUGCAUGUACUGUAUGGGUUCAGUAAAGAUUUUGCCUCGGGGGGCCUCCACCUGGGUUUCUUGGUCACUCGAAACGAAGCCAUCCACCGGGUUUGCAAGGCAGUCAUGAGACUCCACAAUCCCUCCGCAGCAGCAGUAACCAUCGGCACCGCCAUCCUCGAAGACACAGACUUCGUCGCCCAAUUCACAGCAAAAUCGCAGCAGCAUCUAGCAUCCACGUACGCCAUCGUCACCGCCACGCUCAACCAGGAGGGUAUCAACUACGUCAAGGGAGUAAACGCAGGGUUCUUCGUCUACAUCGACCUGUCACCGUACCUUCCGACGGGGAAGGGCUCGGAUCAGGAGCGGGAGUUUGCCCUGGCCCAGAAGUUGCUCGACGCUGGGGUGUUCCUCCACCCGGGUGAGGAACAUAAUAAGCAUCCGGGGUGGUUCCGGCUGGUUCACGCGCACCAUGAGGAUGUUCUGAGGGAGGGACUGUGGCGGUGAGUAACAUGGUAUUUGACGAAGGGAGAAAUGUUUUCGAAUCAAG